CAGAUUUUCUGAUGAGGUAGCAUCUGAAAUAGCAUGAUGAUGAAGAUGGGUAAAACUGUACAUUACUCGGUGUUCCUUUACGUUCUACUCCUGUUCUUCUCUGUGACCAGUGCUUAUUGGUACGGACCUGAUUAUUGGAACCAGCGAUAUGAGGACUAUGGAAUCGAUUAUGCCACUGGAAAUGACCGCUUCAACGGCAUUUGGUCAGCAACAACUGCGAUCAAUGGCGGCUCUGGCGGCUAUGGAAGAGCUAAUGGUGAUUACAAUGGUCGAAGUAAUACUGGGUGUACUAUAGAUGAAAAUGAACUGACCAUAGACUGCUCUUCAGCAACAACAGUAUUUGUCAAGAACUACAACUUUGCGAAUCUGACGUCGUCCACCUUCUCAAAAGAUGUUGAAGAAAUUACUAUUCUGGGAGGAAGUUUAGAGAGGAUUGCUGCCGAUACCUUCCACAACCUCACCAAGUUAACAUCAUUAACCAUACACAAUACUCCCAUCACAACGUUUCCUGAUGUUUCUAUGUGUACAAGCUUGGAAAAACUAGAUGUUACUAAGAAUAAUAUAAAUUUUGAUGUCUACACUUAUUCGCCACUGACAUUUCCUUCAUCCCUCAAAGAAGUGAGUGUCAUGGAGAACAACAUCGAUUGGGUUCCACCAGGGCUCUUCUCAGGAACAAACAUCGAAUAUCUAGGACUGAGCAUGAAUCAGAUUUCAACCUUCCCAUCUGAUUCCUUGAAGAGGAUGUAUAACCUGACCUUCCUGUCUGUAGAUGGUAAUGAAAUCUCCUCGGUCUCCAAGAGAAAUCUUGAGGUCUUCAAAGACAGUCCUCUAAUACACCUGAACCUGAGUAACAAUGUGAUCACCUACUUGGCUCCAAGGGCUCUUGCUCAACUCAGGGAACUUAAGAUCCUCGAGCUUCACCAGAACUCCCUCUCUUCUAUCCAACCCAAGAUAUUUGAUGAUGUUCCAUCCUUAUUACAUAUUGAUCUGAACAACAAUCAGCUGACCUCUCUGGGUACAAAUUCAUUCACCAAUCUGCCCUCUCUGAGAACUCUACGUCUUCAUUCUCAGAAGGCAGGCUAUGAGAUGGCUACAAUCUCUUAUGAUGCAUUUCAAGGGAUCAAUGGAAAUCUCACCACAUUGUUCAUCAGUGAUAAUCGUCUCGCCAACUUUCCGCAUGCUGCCCUCUCGAGGGAGACGUAUGAAAGUCUUCUAUAUCUGCAUGCUGAUAAUAACCUGAUUACGAACAUCACCUUCUAUUCGGAUGAUGCUUAUAAUGGUGGAACGUAUGAGAUUUAUCUGCGGAUGAAAGAUUCACACGUUCCUUUCACUACCCUACCCAAUGUCAAUGAAGUAUACCUUAGCAUUAAUGCAAUCACAGGACUCAACGAGGGCGAUCUAUGUGAGAUGCCUUAUAUGAACCUGCUAGAACUACAAAGCAACAACAUUGAUGAGACCACAUUGGAUCCACACACAUUUGAUUGUCUAACAGUACUAAAUGAAUUGAAUCUUGACUCGAACAACUUCAACUAUGUCCCAGAGGGUCUGCGAUACCAAGAGAGACUGAUGUCUAUAACCACUCUGUAUCUCUCCAGCAAUCAGAUAACAUUCCUGUUAGAUGGAGCUUUCUCCAACCUCACAACAUUGCGCACUUUGACACUCAGCUCAAAUGAUAUAAUCUCUAUUGAGGACGGAGCGUUCCCUGAUGAUAUAGUGUCUCUAUACCUGAAUAGUAACCAGUUUCAUUUCCUACAUGAGAAUAUGUUUACCAACCAUUCACAGCUUUCUACCCUAUCUCUGUCUGGUAACAACAUUGAUAAGAUCCCAGAUACAGCCUUUGAUGGGUGUACCAGUCUAACUAGUCUGGAUCUUAGCAGUAAUAAAAUCGGUCGUAUCAUGAUCACUCAUUUUGAGGAUAACCCGCUGACCUCUCAGAUAUCUCUCAGUUAUAAUGAGAUUGCUUACAUAGAAGAUGGAACAUUCGCUCAUAUCACAGGCACCAGUUCCUUCUACCUCCAGUACAACGAGCUCACUGAUAUCCCGAUGGGCGGCGACUUUGUGAAUAAGACAAUGUCUCGUGCCUAUUUUAACAAUAAUCGGAUCACCUCAGUGAAGACAAGGGCAUUCUGGAAUUUUGUUUCAUCAAACUUCAAUCUGAAUGACAACGAUAUCAACACGAUAGAAACCCGAGCAUUUGAAGGAGUCAGUAGUACCUAUUUUUACAUCAAUGCGAAUCCAUUGAAACACCUCCAGACUGAAUCCUUCCUGGAUACCUCUGCUACAGAACUGCAUCUGGGUGAUAUGCAGUUAACUUCUUUACCCACGCAUGUAUUUUCUGGCUUGAGUGUCUCAAGAUAUUUUUACUUGGAUAACAACCAGAUAAGUUUUAUUGGCAAUGAGGCAUUUUAUGAUGUUACUGGCUCAUAUGACUUGUUCCUUGAGAAUAACGUAAUUGAUACGAUAGAAGGGAAGAUGUUUGGUGGAUCCAGUACGGCUGAUAGAAUAUAUCUAAAUAAUAACUUGAUAGCAUCGCUACCUACCAAUGUCUUUGAGGAUGUCUCUGCCAAUAGGAUCUACCUUACUAGCAACAGGUUAACUGAAUUCCCAGCUGCUGCUCUCUCAACACAGUCUAUGAAUUGGCUUGAUUUAUCUGAUAACUUGAUCAGUACCAUACCAUCUAGUGCAUUUACAUCACUUACAAGUACGCAAUACAUCUACCUUCAGAACAAUCAGAUUCUUGAGAUAACGUCAUCUUUACUGAGUCCCUUAAAUAACCUUAAGGAAUUGCACAUGUGUAACAACAACAUAACAUCAGUUGGAGAUGGUGCCUUUGAUGGGCUGGAUAACCUUAUUAAAAUCUAUCUGAGCAACAAUCGCAUCGAACACUUUCCUGCCUUCACUGCUUUAGAAGACCUUACAACGAUAGACUUAUCCAAUAAUCAGAUCAGGACACUUGGGGAGAAUGCUUUCAGUCUGCUCGAGAGUGUAUCAUCGGUGAACCUUGCAAAUAACAACCUUGCUUGCAGCUGUAACAUCUGGUUCUCGGUCUACGACGUCCUAUCCCAGGUGACGGGAGGAGAAUGUUCUUCACCUGAUAGUUUGACUGGUACUCUCUUUGCAUCGUCGCAGUCUUCGUCUCUCAACUACUUCCUUAAUCAAGAAAACUACCUCUUCUACUGCACACCGACUGAUAUCAAUGUGACGGCACCAGCGUUUGAGCAGAUCUUGGUCGAAUGGUUUGAACCAGAUGUCUUAUACCCUCCUUACACAAAUGAGACAAUGUACCCCAAUAGCACAUAUUGGUUUUAUGUGAUCAACUGCACCAGUGAUAAUGCACCUGCUGUGACUGGAUUGGUCGGUAACACCACCGAUCUUAGUAUCCUAUUUAAAUCUGGUGAUGGGGUGCAGUAUGGGACAGACUACACGUGUACACUCAGACUCACAUACGGGGGUAAUACGAGUGUGGAGGGGCAGAGUAUUCCUAUAACAACACUGGAAAAUGUUGCAUCCACAAACCUGACAGAGUCUGGGGGAUUGGACAUUUCACUUCAGAUCCUGUAUUAUGAUUUCAGUGCCACUGAGGAUGAUUUUGAUUCAUCCACCAAGACUUUGAAGAUAUCACCCACCUAUGUUGAUAGUCCCUUUCCUGCCUGGUUGAGGGAAUCAGAUGACCCGACCAGCGAUACAUUCUCUGAUUGGUUCAGGAAUGUUGAUAACAAUUAUGUCUUUGAGACCAACAUUGUUAUCCCUUGGUUGAAUACCUCGUCUAUAUAUGACCCUAUAAAUAGAUACUGGUCCCCUUCUUAUUUUCCUUUGGAUGGACUUGGGUAUACAGCUGAAGACCAGAGAGAUUGUUCAUAUGUUCUUCAUAACUUUGGAUUUACAAGUGCAGUCCGAACCGGGAUACAUUUUAAUGGCAGUGAGGAGAUUACGGUGGGAGGAGGCGAAGAGAUUUUUGUUUACGUCAAUAAGAUACUUGUUCUACAAUCUCAGAGAGAAUACCAAUCAGUCACUAAAUGCAAGAAAGUUAGUUUAGCAAAUGCUGAUGGAGGUGGUACAAUCACACCAGAAGAGGGCAGUAUUGUAGAUGGAGAAUGUGUUAUUACCGGGAGUGUUCCUGCAGAGGCUGUGACACUUGAUCUUGUGGUUGGCGAUGCCUAUAGGUUUGAUAUCUUCCACACCGAAAGGCAGAUGUGCAAAUCAGAUUUCUUCUUAGAGCUCAAGCGUUUUAAUGUCAUGGAAGAGGAUGAGAGAAUCAUCGAUCAUUCCGUUCAUAUCAACGAAGGUUUGAGUGUAGACGGCAUCGUCCAGACUCUCUCGGUAGCCGACUAUUUCUCUACUGGUCCAAAUUAUAAUGUUUCCAUUGUCAGUGGUAAUGAGGCGAGGCAUUUCACGAUUAAGAACUACACAACAGAGAAUAUUAAUGCUGGGAUCAUCCCCUCCACGGUGGAACCUACCCCUACCUACACCAUUAAUGGAACAUCCUUUGUCACCUGUGCAUUCACACCUGUACAAAUUCCUGAGCCUGAUGAAGCUGGCAUCCAGGAGUACGACAUCUACACCGAUCAGGUUCUCCUCACCAUUGAGAAUGAAGUCGACUACGAGGUCGCCUACGAUUACCUCCUCAUCAUCAGCGUGGAAGAUAAUAACUCAUCUCCGCCUCGAUCAGGAGAAAUAGCCGUUCAGAUCUAUGUCGAUGAUAUCAAUGAUAACUGUCCAAUCUUCAAUGGCAAUGACAGCUUUGAGUUCUUCCCUCUCCCUGUCCUGAACAACGCUGAGUUAGCUGUCGUUAAUGCCACCGAUCAAGACUCUGGGAUUAAUGCGGAACUUACAUAUCUCUCCAAUACACUAUCAGAAGAACGCAUUGGGAACUCCUCUUUCUACCAAGUUGAGAUGAUCGUCGCAGUAGUAGAUGGUGGUGUCCCUGUCCGAGGGGACGUUGCUAAUGUCAACCUGACUAUCAGUGAGACCUGCCUCUAUGAUGUAUUAGGAGCACCGAUAGAAACUAUCAUCUACACCAAUGAAACCACAGGUGGUCUCUUCCUAAGGGUGCCCAAGUAUUACCUCUUUGAAUAUGAUUGUCGGGACGCCCGAGGUAUGGCCAACGGUGUGAUUCAAGAAGCUCAGCUCUCCUCUUCGAGCAACACCAAUAACAAAUACGAUCCUGACAGGGCAAGGCUCGACCUCAAACCAGAUUCUGAUAUCCCAGCUGGAUCAGGUUGGGUACCUGCAUCAUCAGAUACAAAUCAAUGGAUUCAGAUUGAUAUGGAAGAAAUAACAAUCUUCUCAGGCAUAUUAACCCAAGGAAGCAAUGACUUAGAAUACUGGGUGGAGACAUUUGAGGUUGCCGUUAGCAACGAUACCUCCAGCUGGUCUUACAUCAUGGAGGAUGGCAGUACAAAGACUUUUACAGGGAACUCUGACCAGGACACAGUGAAAAGGAACAUCUUUGAUGAGGUCUAUGCUCGUUAUAUCAGAAUAUAUCCUCAGUCGUGGAAUGAUGAGAUUGCUCUCAGACUAGAGCUGCUUGGCUGUACUCCGGAAAGAAGGUUUAGACAUUUAUCUCAAUGUGAGCGAUGUGAGACGACCAAUUAUUGUAUAGGAGACGGUCUCCAGCGUCCUUGUGGUCGGUGUGAUCCUCCUUCUGAUGAUUGCGAUCGAUCUCCCACUGAACAUUCCUUCGGUCAUGCUUCAGAGUGCACUACAUGUCCUGUAGGAUGGCUCUGUGAAGACGGCUAUGCAACCCAUUGUCCAACUUAUAGAUAUGCAACAUGUAAUACAACGUAUUGCCCCAGUGAAUGUACAACCUGUGAGUCUGGAUCAGCAUGCUUCGAUGGGAUUAAGUCAAUAUGUGGAACUGGAACAUUCUCAUUGGGUUAUGAUACAGAGUUCUGCAAAGCGUGUGCCCCGGGCUCAUACAACAACCAGACCGAGCAGUCUGAAUGCACAUGCUGUGAUAGUGGGUUCAGUAGCACCGAGGGCAAGACGGAGUGCGCCCCCUGCCAGAUUAGCGAAUACUCAGAAGGAAGCUGCGACCUCUGCAAGACGUGUCUGUCGGAGACUGACUGUCCAUGCUUUUCCAGUACAGGACCGUGCACUGAGGGUGUGGUGUGUGUGAAUACCGGUGGAGAUGGGACAUUCCGUUGUCUUGAUUGCCCAAAGGGAUAUACCGGUACUGGUGAUAAUUGUGUGGAUAUAAAUGAGUGUGUAGAAGCGAAUCCAUGUUUUAACACCAGCGCCUGCGUGAACUUUGAACCCGGAUUUGAAUGCGGAGCCUGCCCUCUAGGUUACGAGGGAGAUACACCUCAUGGUAUCGGACUAGCUUAUGCUAACGCCAAUCCACAGGUGUGUUCUGACGUCAAUGAAUGCGAUGUAGACAAUGGCGGGUGUGACCCUGAUGUAGAAUGCAUUAAUUCAGUGGGAAGCUACUCCUGUGGUACGUGCCCUCCUGGCUACCUUGGUAACACUAUAGUCGGGUGUACCCCAGGAGACUACUGCGCACUGAAUCUCGAUAAUUGCCAUGACAACGCAACAUGCACGUCAACAGGAGCGGGGACUUUUACUUGCGAGUGCAACGAUGGCUACGCUGGCAACGGGGAAUUCUGCGGCUUGGAUAUUGACAUGGACGGCCGACCGGUAGCAUCCCUGGAAUGCAACGAUGGCUCUAGCAAUGAAUGCAAGGCAGACAACUGUGAGGUUGCGGCAAACAGCGGACAAGAGGACGCCGACAAUGAUCAGAUCGGAGACGAAUGCGACCGAGAUGACGAUAAUGAUAGCAUCUAUGAUGACCAGGAUAAUUGCCAGUACGUAGCCAAUCGAGAUCAAGCCGAUACUGAUGGAGAUGGUUAUGGUGAUGCCUGUGAUGUCUGCCCUUCGACCUUUGACCCCAACCAGUUUGAUACCGAUGGUGACGGGGUUGGAGAUGAGUGUGAUAACGAUGACGAUGGAGAUGGAAUCGCUGACAGCUCUGAUAACUGUCCGCUGUUCAAUAGCACAGACCAGACGGAUACGGAUGGCGAUGGGAUAGGUGAUGUGUGUGACAACUGUCCUGACAACUCGAACUCUGCGCAGACCGAUACUGAUCAAAACGGCUAUGGCGAUACUUGCGAUGAUUAUGAUGGCACCAAUAUAGAUCGUGAUGGUGAUGGUAUUAUUGAUAUCGCUGACAACUGCUUGGUUAUACCAAAUGCUGAUCAAACAGACACGGAUAGUGAUGGAGUUGGUGAUGAAUGUGAUGAUGAUAAAGACGGUGAUGGGGUCCCAAACAGCUCUGACAACUGCCCUCUAUAUCCUAACGCUGGACAGACAGAUGACAAUGGUAACCUCAUAGGAGAUGUUUGCGAGACAGAUUACGAUGGAGACGGUGUGACAGACGAUGAUGAUAAUUGUCCGAAGAGUAACCGCUACCAUGUGACGAACUUUGACCCAUUUAUGUCGGUGAAUCUCGAGACGGUGGACGAUCCGCCAUCAUGGUAUUUGACAGAUUCAGGUAAAGAAGUUCACCUCUUCAACUCCUCCUUCAUCUCUUCCCCUGUGAUGUUGAUCGGCUAUGAUACCUUAGGACCGGUAGACUUCCGCUGCACCAUGUACGUGAAUGGUGACGACGGGGGCAACUACAUGGGCUUCGUCUAUGGCUAUCAGAGCAAUAGGAAGUUCUAUGUAGCGAUGUGGAAACACACCAACUUGAACAAGGAUACCCAAUAUGCUGGAUUAAAGGGAUUACAGAUCAAGAAGGUGCACUCUACAACAGGCCCAGGGACCACGUUAGCCAACGCUCUGUGGCACUCGUACACCACAUCAAAUGAAGUAGAACUGAUGUGGCAUGACCCCCUGAUGCAGGGGUGGCAGCACAGGACAGCAUAUCUAUGGAGACUUACGUAUAGGCCUUCUAUUGGGAUUAUGAGGGUCACAAUCAAAUCUGGAGAUGUAACUUUGACGGAUUCUGGUGACCUUUACGACACGACCUUUCUCGGAGGUCGUCUUGGUGUCUUUGUUUAUGACCAGCCCGAUGUCACCUUCUCCCAUAUGAAAUAUGAAUGUGCUGAUAGAUUAAACCAAGCUCUCCAAUUCGAUGGGGACGAUGAUUAUGUGAUACUACCCGGUAUCCAGUCGCUUGAUAUCGAUGAGAGCUUUACAUUAGAAGCUUGGUGUUACCUAGAGACAGGAUCUCUAAGUUCCACGCUACCAGUGUUUGGAGCGGCUGAUGAUAGUCUUUCUCUUAUCAUAGAAGAUGGCUAUGUCUAUGGGAAAUAUGGGAGCUUUUAUGUGAAUGCUACAAGCAGUCCACUUGUAGAAGAUGCCUGGAACCAUGUAGCUCUCAGACUAGAUGCACAAGAUUGCAUCUUGUCCUUAUUUGUGAAUGGAACAUUAGAGGAUGAUACUACUAGCGUACCUGGUCUGACGUGGAACUCUGAUGUGGAUCUGUAUCUUGGAGCUGAUAAUAGCAGCAAUCUGUUUGAAGGAACUAUGGAUGAGGUUAGAAUAUGGGGGCUAGCUCUAUUAGACUCUGAGAUUGAGGAGCACAUGCAGCUAGCUGGUCUGGACUGGCAGAAACACAAGAAACUACUGGAUGGUCAUUAUACUAUGGACACUGAGAGUGAUGGAUCCACCAUGCUGGUUGAUGAUUCACUGUACGACAAUCAUGGAAUGAUUAUGGGAGACGCAACGUUUAUACCAAGUACGCUGGACGCUGGAAGGUUUGAAGUGACUUACCCUGACUCAAGACGAAGGAGAAGAAGGAGGAGUAUUGAUAGACAUACAGAAUUAUGAUCAAAGCUAAUAAAUGCUGAAUUAACUAAUGCACAAGCAGUUUUAUACAUUGAUAAGAUCAAGUACAGGAUUUGUAUCAAGCACGCUGUACAGUGGAAGGUUUGAGGUGACUUACCCUGACUCAAGAAGAAGGAGUAUCGAUAGACAUAUAGAAUUAUGAUCAAAACUAACAAAUGCUGAAAGAACUCAUCUUAAUGCACAAGCAGCUUUAUACAUGGAUUAGAUCAAGUACAGGAUUUGUAUCAAGUACAUUUAACGUUGGUAGGUUGGGAAUAACCUGUCUAGACUCGAGACAAAGAAGAAGAAGUAUUGACAGACAUACAGAAUUAUGAUCAAACCUAUCGAAAGUGGAGAGAUCUGUUUUCAUUCCUCAGUGUUUUAUAUGACUUCAGUAGAUCAAGCAUUGAUACCAAGUAAACUGGACGCAGGUAGGUUUGAAGUUAUGCAGACUCAAAACGAAAGAGAAGUAUUGAUAGAUAUACGGAACUAUGAUCAAUACUAUCGAAAGUGGAGUGAACUCAUUUAAUUGCUAAGGCAGUUUGAAAAAUGGAUUAGGUCAAGUAUUUGUACAGAGUACACUAUAUUCUGGUAGUUUUGAAGUAACCUAUCCAGACUCGAGAAGGAGGAGGAAUGUCAAUAGACAUACAGAUAUACGAUCGUACCUAUCGAAAAAGGAGAGAACUUCUUUUCAUUGCUCAGUUUUUUUAAUGACUUGAGUAGUUCAAGCAUGCAUGAUCAAAAAGACUUUGUACAUGUAUGGAUUAAUGAACAGGCAAUAUGAAGAAAAUAGAUCCAUAAUUUGUACCGAGUGUACUAAGCUGUCAGAGGGACUGAAAAAUACUUAUAUUUUUUUUAUUUAUUUUUAAAUGCAAUGCCCAAACCUUUCUUAUUUGAUAAGAUAUGUAUAAAACAUUUAUAUUGAAUGUGAACUGUAGAUAUUGAAUGAACUCUGAGACAAAGAAGAGCUUUGAUGUUUCUUGUUGAAGUACAUUGAGGCUAUACCGUCCAAAUCUAGACAAAGAAAUGGUUUCAGGUGUCUGUUCUAUUCUUAGAUGAUGUACACAAACAUAUACAUGAUUUUUACAAACUGGAAUGUCUUGUAUGCCAAAGAUAACCCAGACAUUUUGUACUGAGCAUUAUUGCUUUAUAUUGAACUUAUGACAAACUUAAUAAUGAUAAAAAUGUAAUAUUGAUGUGGAGCAUUCUGGCCAAGUGGAUUAGUCUUCAGUUUGAAACAGAGGGUUGCGGGUUCAAAUCCCAGCCAUGGCGUAGUUCAAUGGUUCCUUCAGCAAUAAAUUUAUCCCUAUUGUGCUGCACUUGACCCAGGUGAGGUACAGUAUCCCUGGGUAUCUGGUAGAAAUUAGACCCUUGAAAUAUGUGUGUGCUGUAAGGAAUCACUGCCACCAAGCUUCAACCUGGGGUGGUAUUCUGAAAAUUGUCUUAACUUUUCUUGUAAGUCAGCAAUAUAACAGCUCACUAAAAUUCUCUUGAAUUGGUAUUCUGAAAAUUGUCUUAACUUUUCUUGUAACUUUUCUUGUAAGUCAGCAAUGUAACAGCUCACUAAAAUUCUCUUAAAUUGGUAUUCUGAAAAUUGACUUAUCUCUGUAAGGACGUCCCCUAUUUCACCUCUGACACGUCCAAUAUUUCAUCAUCAACCAAUCAUUAAGCUUGUCGUUAUAUGCUUAGGUCAACCAAUAGAAGCGUCUCUUCUGAAAAAUAAUGAAGCGCAUUGUUGAUAUGAUGCGUAAUUUCCUUGCGCCCCCGACGCCUAUGCUUGUGCGCUUCUGUGCUAAAAAUACACGUAGCUCUUCUCAAAGAUAUAUUUUCUCUGAAAAGAUUCAUCGUCUCGAACACCAAUUUAAGUCUACCAAUCCGUCGUUAUAAUGUCUUUGGAAUGUCUCCUUUUGUAAAACAAGAUGUUCUUGCGGGAUGCAGCAAGAAAUGAUUAUUACAGACGGACAAAUAUCGCAUGCAACAAUACGUUACAAUAGCCCCCUACCUCUUGUAAAUUUUCUUGUAUUUUGCAAGGAAGUUAACAGAACGCAAAGAUAAGAGAAUUUUCAGAAUACCUUUUAUCUCGAUGUUAUCUUGUGCAAAGGGAUAUUUAGGCGCCGUUUUUAACUCUACACAUAAUUCUAGCUCUGACAUCAUACGCGCUCAGCGAAAGUUACAAGAAAAUUUACUAGAAAAGAUACAAGAAUUUUCAGAAUACCGAUUUUAUUGUAACUCUAAAGAUACAAGAAUAUUUCUCUUAAGACAAUUUUCAGAAUACGGCCCCAGGUUUAUAAUAUCCAAAUCCUUUGGAAGCGCAUCUAUAGAGAUAUUAUAAUCAUAAUGUGAUAUACGCUAUACAGUGUGCCCCACAAAAAAGGAAACCCGUGAUCAGAGAUUGAUUUCACAAUUUAGUAAACCUGUUUUUCUAUGAAUUUUAUACUUAUGAUAAGAGUGGAAACUCAUCUUUAAUUUGAGACCAACAGCUUUGCAAAUCAUUCAUGGCAGAUUACAGACAAUUAAUAUUGAGGUCUAUCAGAAACGAUUUGCGCAGAAACUCACAUGCUUAUCUGAAUCCACCUCAUUCCAGGGUCAGUGAGAGAGUUUGCCUUUGAAGAAAUAAGAUGUGGGAAUCCCGGUUUCCUUUUUUUCUGGGACACACUGUGCAAGAACUGUUUAUUAUAAUUAUCAUUAUUUUCAUCAUUAAUAAAAUUAAAUGAUCAUUCGGGUGAUACUACAGGGGUCAGGGGACAUUACUACCCUGUGGUAUUUCAAGUAAUGACUGUAAAGACAGG